GCUCAGCUCUUGUUGGAGGUGGGAGGAUCUCUGAUGAGCUUAUUGGCAUGUGUGAAGGUUUUUUAUUGUUUUUAAUAUGGUUUAUCUGUAUUGUAUUUAGCUUAAGAAUAAAUGUGCUGCUGAGAAAGAGCUGUGUGGUAACAUAACUGUGGCAAUUACACUGUUUACCCUCUCUGAAGAGGAAGCAAACAGGCCAGCUGAGGCAGUCUGUCUUGCGGGGCCAGGGAGGAGCUUUGCAGCCGAUCUGUGACUUGUUACCUUCACUUUCGAUAUUAAUCAGAACAAUGUCUCCGCUCAGUAUAUAAGGAGGAGAGGUGUGUCUGUGUGUCAAGAUAUCACAGCUGGAGACUGGCCCAUCUGUUCUACUUCAAUAAAGCUCAGAAGAACUGAAGAGUUUCGGGACUAACAGCAGGCUGAGCAGUGCACUGGAGUUGCAACGGCUGGGUUAGAUGCUUCCCAAGAUACCUGAAGAGGGUAUGGAAGCACUGAAGGCUGCUCUUGAGAAAGGAAACCUCAUCGAAGCAGCUGCUAAAGCGAAAGAGGCUCUGGAGAGGGUUGAUAAAAUCACUCUCAAAAUCGCUGUUACGGGGGAGGCGGGCUCUGGAAUAUCGUCCUUUGUCAACGCCAUCCGGGGCAUAAAGGAUACAGAUGAUGGGGCUGCUGCGAUAGGGGUCAUUGAAACGACAGCGAAUCCCACUUCUUACCCACAUCCUAGAUACCCAGAUGUAAUCGUCUGUGAUCUGCCAGGGAUCAAUACCCCAAAAUUUGAACCAGACAAAUACUUCAAGCAGGUGAAGUUCAGCGACUACGACUUUUUCAUCAUCAUCUCCAGCCCCCGCGUCACACGCCACAACAUUCACCUCGCCCAGGAGAUCCAGAAACAGGGGAAGAAGUUUUACUUUGUGCGCUCCAAGGUGGAUGUGGAUUUGACAAAUGAAAAAGGACGCUAUGACGAGAAGGGAAUCCUGAAGCGGAGCAGUGCUCCUGUGAACAGGCCACGUCAGUACAGGGAGCGUGCGAUCCUUGAUACCAUCAGAGAGAAGUGCAUCAAAGACCUGGAAGAAGCAAAGGUAGCCUCCUCACGGGUUUUUCUUGUAUCUAAAUGGGACUUGGGCAAGUACGAUUUUCCCACAUUGCAGGAAACGCUUGUGGCUGAGCUCCCCAGUCUCAAGAGACGCACUCUUCUACGAUCCCUGACCAAGAUGAUUAAAGAAACCUUGGAGAAGAAAAAAGAACAACUGCAAACGGAGAUAUGGCUGAAAAGUCUGCUGUCAUGCGGAGUCGCUGCCGUUCCUCUCCCGGGUCUCUCCACUGUUUGUGAUGUCGCCAUGCUGGUGACGUCCCUGAAAGGGUUCUGCAGUGAUUUCGGCCUUGAUGAAAACUCUCUCACUACUCUCGCUAGACAGACUAACAAGCCCAUUGCAGAGCUGAAGGCCGUUAUAAAGUCCCCACUGAGUGAGGAAAUAACAAAAGAUCUUGUAAUGAAGCUACUGACCAAGUGCGCAGCUGGGGCAAUCAAAUAUUCUACAUAUUUCUUUAAUUUUGUACCUGUGGUAGGUUCCGUGGUAUCGGCAGCAGUUUCGCUCCCUACCACAAAGAUCAUGCUGCAGAAUUUCCUGGAUGAUGUUGCUGCUGACGCUCUACGAGUGCUGGAGGUGGCUAUGGAGGGAGACGUUUCAAAUAAGGGCAUUGCUUUGGGACUAACGACCGAGCAGUGCACUGGAGCUGCCAUGGCUGGGUUAGAUGCUAAAGAGCUUCCCAAGAUACUUGAAGAGGAUAUAGAAGCACUGAAGGCUGCUCUUGGGACAGGAAACCUCAUCGAAGCAGCUGUUAAAGCGAAAGAGACUCUGGAGAUGGCUGAUAAAAUCACUCUCAACAUUGCUGUCACGGGGGAGUCAGGCUCUGGAAAAUCAUCCUUUGUCAACGCCAUCCGGGGCCUGGGGGAUACAGAUGACCAUGCUGCUGCGAUAGGGGUCACUGAAACGACAGUGGUGCCCACUGCUUACCCACAUCCUACAUACCCAAAUGUAAUAGUCUGGGAUCUGCCAGGGAUCGAUACCCCAACAUUUAAACCAGACACGUACCUCGAGCAGGUGAAGUUCAGCUGCUACGACUUUUUCAUCAUCAUCUCCUGCAACCGCUUCACAUGCCACGACAUUAGCCUCGCCCAGGAGAUCCAGAGACAGGGGAAGAAAUUUUACUUUGUGCGCUCCAAGGUGGACCAGGAUUUGGCAAAUGAGAAACAACUGUAUGACGAGAGGGGAAUCCUGAAGCAGAGCAGUGCUUCCACGAAAAGGCCACGUCAGUACAGUGAGAGUGCGAUCCUCGAUGACAUCAGAGAGAACUGCAUCAAAGGCCUGGAAAAAGGAGGGGUGGCCUCCCCACGGGUUUUUCUUGUCUCUAGAUGGGACUUGGGCAAGUACGAUUUUCCCACAUUGCAGGAAACGCUUGUGGAUGAGCUCCCCAGUGAAAAGAGACUCGCUCUUCUACGAUCCCUGUCCCAAGUUUCGAAAGAAACCGUGGAGAAGAAAAAAGAACAACUGCAAACGCAGAUAUGGCUGAAAAGUCUGGUGUCAUGUGGAGUCGCUGCCAUUCCUCUCCCGGGUCUCUCCAUUGUUUGUGAUGUCGCCAUGCUGGUGACGUCCCUGAAAGGGUUCUGCAGGGACUUCGGCCUUGAUGAAAAGUCUCUGGCUGCACUCGCUAGACAGAAUAACAAGCCCAUUGCAGAGCUGAAGGCCGUUAUACAGUCCCCACUGAGUGAGGCAAUAACACAAGAUCUUGUAAUAAAGGUACUGACCAAGUGCGUAGCUGGGGCCAUUCAAUAUUCAACAACUUUUUUAAAAUUUAUACCUGUGCUAGGUUCCGUGGUAGCUGCAGCAGUUUCGCUCCCUACCACAUACUUCAUGCUGCAGAGCUUCCUGGAUGAUGUUGCUGCUGACGCUCUACGAGUGCUGGAGGUGGUUAUGGAGGGAGCCGUUUCAAACUCAGAGAAAAACUCCCGCAGCCCCUGAAAGGAAGAAACGUCAGGACGUGGCUGAAAGGAUCCAAGUAAAGACCCUGUCCCCGCCGGAGCUCGGAGCUCAGAGCUGUGGGAAGUCUCAUGAAAAUGCUGCCUUUCUCCAUCAGGGGGGAAACUUCACCGUAACUGAGCUCUGAGCCCCAUUUCCACUGAGCUCCCCCACCCACCCUAAAAAUGACGUCAUAUUGAAUUUAAUUCAGCCAUAAAGAGGCGGGGGAUCCUGACUGACACUGUUCUUUGUGUUUUCUUUAUUUCACCAGCGAAUGAGGCCAAGUUGUGAUAAAGCUCCCCAGGGUCCCCAGUGCCUUACGCUCUCUGCAGGGGAGCUCAGGGAAUGGUUAUUUCAGGCCCCAGCCGAUAGCAGGGCCAGGGCAGAGCCCAUCUAACUCUUCACGAGGAAACGACAGGGAGCGACACCAACAAUUACUCAUUCUAGCCACAGAUUUUCAACUUCUUGGUUCCCGUUGCCCUGAAAUUGCAGCCUUGGCAGGCGCCACGUUGGGCAUGUGGGUAAAUUCACUCAGAGACAAUCGUAAAAACUCUAAAUUUUGAAAUGACAGAAUCAUAGAAUAUCAGGGUUGGAAGGGACCUCAGGAGGUCAUCUAGUCCAGCCCACUGCUCAAAGCAGAACCAAUCCCCAAUUAAAUCAUCCCAGCCAAGGCUUGGGUGCCGACCCCCCAGUGCCAACUCCUCCCUCGUCACUGCAGGGCCCAAGGCAAAGGAAACAGGCUUUUUAGCACAGACGCUUUCACACUUUUCCCCAGGCUGCCCCUGUCUGGGGAGGAGCUGCCUGUAACCUCCCACAGAGCCCCCGGACUGACCUCCUGCAAAUGCCUCCUUCAGCCUCACCCCUGCCAUGGACCCUCCGGAUAACUCGACAAUGGCCCGCGGCUGAAGCUCUGGGAGCGCUGCCCAUUGCGUUAUCCCAACCCUCUCCCUGCUCCCUUCUGUUCCCCUGUCUGCCUGGAGCACCCGCCUGCUGGGUCUAGACUUAGAUUGUCAGCUCCCGGGGGCAGGGCCCAUCCUUUUGUUCUCUGUCUGUACAGCACCUAGCGCAACAGGGCCAUCACCCCCAGCAGGGGUCCUAGGUUCUCCUUUGAGACAAGAAUAGAUUAAGAAAUGCUUAGACUGAUCCUUGUAAUUCUGUCUCUAUGCUCAUAGGUUUAACCAGCCCCUUAUGCAAAGGUAGAUUUGUCCAGGGAAGCAGCCGUGUCUGGCUGUGCUAGUAAUCCUGUGAAUGGCCCUGGAUUUAAAUGGAGAAGGGUCAAGAUGUAUCUGGCUGAUAAACCCAUGUUGGAUGCUUGAUAAUUACCUAGCUGAGUGGCACCUGUCACUUAUACUCUGGGCUGUGCUCCCAUUCACGGCUGGGGAGUUUGUGUGGAGAGAGGCUUUCGUGUUUAAUGCUGAGUUUAUGGACAUCUAUUGCUCCUUGAUUUGCUUUCUCAAUGUGAGCCGAUUAUGUAGUUUAUUAUAAGAGCCGAUGAUUGAACAAUUCAUUUGAGCAACUGGAGACUCUGAUACAUUGCAGCUGGUUUGGCCACUUGUAUAGCCAGUGCGUCAGCCUCUGCCUUCCCUCCAUGACCCAUUCAUUUGUUGCUUUUGUUCUCAUAAUGAUUAGCAGUCCGGUUCUGCUCCCCUUUCACCCCCCCAGAACGGGCCGCUCUUGUCUUGUAGAAAUGAUUUAAUAUUUCAAUUAUAAUAAACUUGCGUUUAAUCUGGA